UUCUGGGACCUGCCCGGUGUAGGAACACCGAAAUAUCCAAGAAAUGAAAAAUACUUAGACAGCAUCAACUUUGAAAAGUAUGAUUUUUUCCUAAUUCUGUCAGACAGUCGAUUUUCAACCAACGACGUUUGGUUAGCAAAAGAGAUAGACAAGAGAGGAAAGCGGUUCUUCUUCAUUCGUACAAAAAUUGACGAAGCGAUGGAAAAUGAACAGCAAAUCCGAGGAGGGGAUUUCUCAGCGAGUGCUGUGCUGGACAAAAUAAUCAAAGACUGCCAAAACAAUUUUAAAGCGGCUCAGCUGACCGACACUAGCGUGUUUUGUAUUUCUAAUUACCACAGAGAGAUGUGGCAGUUUGAAGAGCUCAUGGAACAGCUGAUAGUUGCACUGCCGGAGAUGAAGAGGAUUUCUCUUGUACUUUCCAUUGGCCCAGUAUCCAAACAAGUCAUUAGACAGAAAAUCAGGUACCUCAAGGACAGGAUUUGGAAAAAGUCUACCCUUUCCACCUUGGGUGCAGCCGGUGGUGCACUGGUUCCAAUUCCGUUGGUAGGUGCUGCGGUUAGUGUUGUACUUGAACUUGCUAUUCUAUUAGGGGAGGUUACUUUCUACCUCAAACAGUAUGGCCUAAAUGACGAGUCGUUGAAACAGCUGGCAGACCGGACCAACACGACUGUUGACUACUACAUAAAGUCACUCACGUUUGCCUCGUCACUUGUCACCAAAAGACAAAGCCUAAACACCUUCGUUUUUGACGUCAUAAAAAAUCAAGCCACAAAACAGGUGCAGAAAACUGCUGCCAGGGAAUUUACAAAAUUAAUACCAUUAAUGCCGAUAAUAAGUGGUGUUGUGGUGGCAGGUCUUUUGGCACAUGCUACUACUUUCUAACAAAAACAAUCGAAGAGUUUGAGGAUGAUGCACUUUCCGUUGUUGAUGCUGCCAUUCAGCGGACAAGUUCUCAAAUUUGAUUGGACAAAAACGAAUAGAUUUUAAUAUUACACUGGAAACAGGAGGAAGAUAGAUUGUAAAUGAAUAGGUAUUUCAUAUUUAUGUAUACUCUUCAAAAAAAGAAACUUGACAUUGAAUUUAAUAAUAAUAAAAAAAAAAAAACCUGGUAGACAUGAUACAAGCAACCAAAGAUAAAGACACCAUGGGAAGUGGAUUACUCUGUACAUGUCCGAAACAUCAUAUCUGGGAAUCCACCUGAAACAUGUACUCAGGCAUAUGUGUGACAUAGGGGUGGGUAAAAUGUCAGUAUCGGUUAUGACCAUCACAAUCCCUUGACAACGGCGACGCGUGGAAGCAAUCAAACGUUGCACAACACGUUGUGGAAUGUUCUGCCACUCAUGCUGCAGUGCCGUAAGAAGUUGUGGAAGUGUCUGGGGUGAUGGAUUCCUCCGUCGCACACGCUGAUCCAGUGCAUCCCAUAGAUGUUCUAUUGGGUUUAAAUCCGGCGAACGGGUAGGCCAAGGUAAUGUCUGGACAUUAUGGCGCUGCAGAAACUCCUGAUUAACACAUGCAACAUGUGGUCUGGCAUCGUCAUGCUGAAACAUUCCACCGAUGACAUUCAUGUGUGGAAUGAGGUGAUGCUGCAGGAUCUCGUCUCGAUAUCCGAUGCCGUCAGUGCACUUGCCACAUACACAAGAGCCGUCCUACCACUAUGAUGGUUUUCUGCCCACACCAAAACGGUCGACUUGUUGCACACAGGUUGGAGCGUCUAUAGACACGUGUGCGUCCAUCAGCACGAGGAGAAAACGAGACUCAUAUGAGAACAAAACAGUCCUCCACCUGGCACGUGUCUAUCUCAUCCUCUGCUGGCACCACUGCAGAUGCGGGGUCAAAACGUUACGUCGCACUGGUCUUCUAUGAAAAAUUCCUGCCUUUCUCAGCCGAUUACGAACUGUCUGGUCAGAAAUUCUGCGUAGUCCAGGGAUUUGUGUCGUUGUGGUUAUUGCUGUUGUGGUUCGAUUUCGAAGAUGACACACCCGGAUUUAUCGAUCUUGAGCGGCGGUGGUUACUCUGGGACGACCUGACCUGUCAUUAACGAGUUGUCUUGCACGUGCUCAUAAAGUAGGGAUGGUCUGUCUGGAGACGCUAGAGUGCCUUGUCACAGCUUGUUGAGAUGCCCCUGCUUGCAAUCUCUCAAUGGCAUUAUUGCGUUGAGCCUACAUCAGUCUUGGCAUUACUGCGUUACCUACAGGGUGGUUAUGCAGUCUGUAAAUCAAUGCUGAUGUGGCCUUUUAUGCCCCACCAACGGAGGGUUCGGCAUGCAAAGUUACAGAACUUCAUCAUGCACGUGCUUCUGAGGGUUGUGUUUUUGCGUUUCAGUACAAACGUUGAUUAUGACUACGUUUAUGCGAAUCGAACAUGGGUUUUUUUUUUUUUUUACAUCAAUAUUCGCUCACUUACUUGAUUGUCUUUACGAUGUCUUUGAUUCUGUAAAAAUAAUCCGAUAGCAUUGUUUACCAAUGUCAAGUUUCUUUUUCUUUUGAAGAGUAUAUAAAAACCCAACAAAGUUGUUUACAUUAUAUAUAAACUUUGUACAAUGGUCUGAGGUGGGGGUCAAAUCUAACGCCUAUACCCAUCGUGUAGGUUGCAUCACAUGUUACCUUUAUACAUAAAAUAUAUUACAAUUCAUCAAUACAUGAACAACACAAAUUUAUAAACGUUGUUUAAUCUCGCAUCACGUUGCAUUUAUUAUUCCUAUAAUGCAAUGCAAAACUACCACAUCUCUAGAUGAACAACACAAAGGUACAAAAUACAUCUAAUGUAAUGAUUUAAAGGGGAUGAUGUGAGCGAAAGAGGUGAACAACAAGGAAGUGUUUUCAACAGUGAAACGUAUCUGGUGUAGUUUUGGGCGGUGAUUCUAGAAACGUAUAUUGAUAAUAGAUUUACAAGCUUUAUGACCUUUUCACUACUAAUUCAAUUGGAUGCAACCAAACAGACUACUUAAUAUCACUGAUUAACAGUUGCGGUUCCUAGUUAGUGGAUUGUUUGAUUCGAGCCUGUGUAAUACAAAACAUUUUGAUGCAAGACUGUGUAAUACAAAACUGUUUGAUACAAGUGUGUGUAAUACAGAAGUGUUUGAUACAAACCUAUGUGUAAUACAAAACUGUUUGAUACAAGCCUGGGCAAUACAGAUCUGUUUGAUAUAAGCCUACGUACAAUGCAAACUACUUGGUACAAGCCUAUGUGCAAUACAAAAACUGUUUGAUACAAGUAUGUGUAAUACAGAACUGUUUGAUACAAGCCUGUGUAAUACAGAACUGUUUGAUACAAGGCUGUGUAAUACAAAACUGUUUGAUACAAGCCUGUGUAAUACAAGCCUAUGUGUGACACAAAACUGUUUGAUACAAGCCUGUGUAAUACAAAACUGAUACAAGCCUGUGCAAUAUAGAUCUGUUUGAUACAAGCCUACGUGUAAUACAAAACUGUUUCAUACAAGCAUAUGUGUAAUACAAAAACUGUUUCAUACAAGUCUGUGUAAUACAGAACUGUUUGAUACAAGCCUGUGUAAUACAGAACUGUUUGAUACAAGCCUGUGUAAUACAGAACUGUUUGAUACAAGCCUGUGUAAUACAGAACUGUUUGAUACAAGCCUAUGUAAUACAGAACUGUUUGAUACAAGCCUGUGUAAUACAGAACUGUUUAAUACAAGCCUGUGUAAUACAAAUCUAUGUGCAAUACAAAAUUGUUUGAUACAAGCGUGUAAUACAAAACUGUUUGAUAACAGUCUGUGUUAUACAGAACUGUUUAAUACAAGCCUGUGUGCAAUACAAUUUAUUUUACGCAAACGUGUAAUACAAUACUGUUUGAUACAAGCCUGUGCAAUAUAGAUCUGUUUGAUACGUCAAUAUGCAAUACAAAGCUAUUUGAUAUAAGCCUAUGUGUAGUACAAAAUUGUUUGAUACAAGCCUGUGUAAUACAAAACUAAUACAAGCCUAUGUGCAAUACAAAA